AUGUCUCACUUCAACUUGUCAUUAUCAACGCGAUCCAAGAAGAUGUCAAAGUCCUGGAAUUGUAAUUCAACAAAGAGUUGGAGAACACAAUUUCGCAAACAAUUUGAAGUCGAGCGCAAUUGGAAACAGGGCAGAUACCAGGUGUCGACGGAAGAUGGACACAACUGUGGCGUGUUCACAUUAGCAUUCAAAGAGCAUAUACUGUUGACGGGAUCAUUCGAGAAGAAUGUCAGGAUUUGGGAUCGCAAGAACAUGAUCAAAGUGGGCAGCAUCGCCGGACAUCAAGGUUGGGUCUGGAAGGUGCUGCUCGAGCAGUCGAGUGCAUCCCACGAGCUAAUCAGUAUGAGUGCCAGCCAAGAUGCAUGCAUACAUGUCACCAACCUGAGCCAGACCAAUGCCAAACUUGCCAACAAUCAUCACUAUGUCGUCGGCGAGAACAGUCCUUCCAGUUACUCUGCGACGAUCAAGAGCAAACCGAUACAGCCAUCAACAAGAUUGAUUGGGCACAAGGGAACGGUGUGGACGAUUGACGCCGACAAGGAUCUGAGGACCGUGUAUAGUGGCAGCAGCGACUACUUUGUCAAAAGAUGGGACAUCGAGACCCAAAAGUCUUGCAACAUUGGCAAGCAUCAUGAUGUUGUGCUGUGUCUCACGAGAGGCAGCAGCGGUAACCACUUUGUCGUGUCAGGCUCAGCAGACCGAACCGUCAAGCUAUGGGACAUUAGAUCGUCUCAUCAUAAUGGCGCAAGGAUGUCAUUGUCUGGCAACACUGGCUGUAUCAACAGCGUGGCAUUCAAGGGCAACCUUAUCGUGGCGGGCGGUGACGACAAGGUAGUGCGAGUGUACGAUGUUCGCAAUGGACAAUGUAUCAAUGUUGUUCAAGGACAUAACGAAGCGAUACGCGUGCUAAGGAUCAAGGGUAAUAGAAUGGUUACCGGCUCCAGUGACAAGACUAUCAAGGUAUGGAACAUGGACAAUUUGGAGCAUCCGGUCAACACUCUGCGCGGCCAUACUGGAUCGGUUGUCAGUCUACAGUUUGACCAUAAGAAGAUCAUCAGCGGAUCGUUGGAUUCAACCAUCAAGAAGUGGAGCUUCGACCUGUUGAGUUGUCCCAAGGGAGGUGUUGGCGCGUCACCCAACAAAGUGCCAAUCUCCCGCCAAACCAGACCAUCACGAGACAGGACAUGGAACAACAAGCAGGCACCAUUCCAAUCACCAACGCCUUUUAGAUUGAAUGAAUGA